AUGCAAAUAUUAAAAGAAAAUGCAAGUAACCAACGUUUCGUAACCAGAGAAUCAGAGGUAAAUAGGAUUUGUUGUGGGUUUAAUGGUUUUCAAUUAGGUGAAAGAUUACGUCGUGAUAUGAAGACGAGUUCGAUCACGACCCUUGUAGUCAACACAACGACCUACUUCUUCAAAGAUACUACCGAGCUAAUCGACUUCAAGGAAAAACGGAUUGACUUGUAUGAGUAUGCUCGUUAUGGAAACCCAACAACUAUGGCACUCGAAGAAAAGAUUAGUGUACUUGAAGGGGCUGAAUCAACUUUGGUAAUGGCAUCGGGGAUGUAUGCAAGUAAUGUUAUGCUUUUGGCUUUGGUUCCUACAAAUGGACAUAUUGUGGCAACUAAAGAUUGUUACAAGGAGACAAGGAUUUUCAUGGAGAAUUUUCUUACUAAACUGGGAAUCACUGUAACUUUUAUUGACUCUGAUGAUAUUGCGGGGCUCCAAACUCUUGUUAAUAACCAUGAGGUUUCUUUGUUCUUUACCGAGUCCCCAACAAAUCCAUUUCUUCGAUGUGUAGAUAUUAAGUUAGUUUCAAAAAUCUGUCAUAGAAGAGGAACUCUUGUUUGUAUAGACGCUACCAUUGCAACACCUAUCAAUCAAAAGACACUUGCUCUUGGUGCUGAUCUUGUUCACCAUUCUGCUACUAAGUACAUUGGAGGCCACAACGAUUUUCUAGCUGGAAGCAUAUCCGGUUCAAUGGAGUUGGUUUCCAAGAUUCGCAAUUUGCAUAAGCUUUUGGGAGGCACGCUUAAUCCGAACGCUGCAUAUUUACUCAUACGAGGCAUGAAGACGAUGCAUCUUCGUGUAAGACAACAGAAUUCAACCGGUAUGAAGAUGGCCCAAGUGUUAGAAGCACAUCCCAAGGUGAGUCGCGUUUACUAUCUAGGCCUUCCGAGUCAUCCCGAACAUUUAAUAGCCAAGCGACAAAUGACUGGUAUUGGUGGCCUGAUCUCUUUCGAGAUUGAUGGAGAUCUCAAGACUACAAUCAAGUUCAUCGAUGCUCUGAAGAUCCCUUACCUUGCAGCAUCGUUUGGUGGAUGCGAGAGCCUCGUGGACCAACUCGCCACAGGGAUCUGGGAUAUACCACGAGAAGAAAGGCUUAAAGAUGGAUUCCAAGACAACCUAGUUCGCUUCAGUUUUGGUAUUGAAGACUUUGAGGACAUCAAGGCUGACGUUCUCCAAGCUCUUGAAACCAUCUGAACAUGUUGGCUUUAUUUUUAUAAAACCAAGUUGCUUCCCGUUUCUUCUCUUUUAUUGUGACAAAAGUUCUUUGAAAUAAAUAAUUUACAUAAUAAUAACAAUCUCAAUAAAUGUCUUUUGCAACUGUAAAUCACAAUCCUUAAGUAAAUAUAAUUUU